CCAAUUAAGGUAAACAGAACAGAGGUCUUUUACGCUGAUAAAUUAUGUAAGCUUGACUUGGAGAGUGUGAAUGAAAAA